AGAAUAGGUGCGAGGCAACAGUGGCCAGGAUCAGGAUAAAAGGACAAAUGGCAGAAUUCGCGACCCGCCGCAGCAAAGCCUGGUACGGUGUGUGGUGGAGCGCGACGCCUUUGGUUGUUGAUCAACGUGCAACUUUUUUGAAGAUAUUUUGAAGCAAAAGUUCUUUACUUGGCCCAACACAUUUGACCUUGCAUUAUGUUCUACAGAAGCAUUGGCUGGUUCAUGUGUAUUUUUGUGGCAGUGGUCAUAGCUUCUGACUACAAUGAUACGGAUGUCAUUACAGGAUUUGAUUCGGAAGUCACAGACCAUCAUUUAAGAACCAGUAGUACAGAGCUGCCUACAGCAGAACGAGACCUAGCCCACCAACAGCCCAGUGUCUCACCCCAGAUGGCAGUGGUCGCAAAGCACAGCUCGUCAGACCUGAAGGAUGUCUGUGGGCAGCAGGUGGUCGGACAGCUGUCGGUGGAGAACGCUGCGGCAGCAGCUGUGCACGCGCUGAGGCACUCUUGCUCCAGCCUGAAGCAGGCCGCCGUCGCGUUCAUCAAGGCCCACACCCACCAGGUGGUGAUGACGCAGGGUUGGGCAGAUGCUACGGUCAGCCACCCGCACUCUGUUGUAGAACUGACUCGCCUGAUUGCAGAGUCACCCGCAGAAACCAGGAACUUUUCUAGUGAAGACAAGAACAGGCUGCUGAUAAAGGCAGCUAUGGUGGGGGCAACGGCGGACCUGAGGGCCCUGCUGGCAGCGGGAGCCGACGUGGGGGCCAGGGAUGAGACCUGGCAGAGCUGGACUGCCCUGCACUGGACAGCUGACAGGGGGCACGUGGAGGCGGCGAGGCUGCUGGUGGAGGCUGGGGCCGAGGUGGGAGCCAGGACCAGGCAAGGGAGCACUGUUCUGCACCUGGCUGCAUGCAGUGGCCACGCAGCUGUGGUGCAGCUGUUUACGGACUCCACGAUGUACUGCGUCGAUCCUAACGCCGCAGAUGACUACUUUCAGACCCCGCUGCACUGUGCGGCGUCGUGGGGCCGGCCAGAGGCGGCGUUUGCACUUCUGGUGGCAGGUGCUGACAGGGACGCUACAGAUUCCAGUGACCGUACGCCGCUGGACAUCGCUGUGAAACGGAAUCGGCAGGAGGUGAUGCAGAUGCUGUUCCCAAGGUAGCAGUCCUCCAAAUGUGGAGUAAAGGAAUAAAGAAUACCAAAAAGUAAUUCUGCA